AUGUCUAUGUGGAACUCUGCCAAAGCCAAGGUUCAAUUGAGAUUAUCAGUACAGCGCCUCAGGACUCUGCAGCAGAAGAAGGAGGCGCAGGCGAAGGCAUCCAGGCGGGACAUUGCUACCUUGUUGGAGAGGGGAAAGAUCGAAACAGCUCGCGUCAAGGUCGAAACCAUUAUCAAUGAGGACAUUCACAUUGAAUUGUUGGAACUCUUGGAGCUAUAUUGCGAACUAUUGAUUGCCCGGUUCGGUCUUCUUGACCAGAGUACACGAGUACCGGACCCCGGUAUCAGUGAAGGCGUCUGCAGUAUCAUCCAUGCCGCCCCGCGAACCGAAUUGAAAGGCGAGCAAGAGAAAUACCGCCCAAACUUGGAACUUCUGAUGCACAAAUAUGGACGCGACUUUUCCGCAGCGGUCAUGGAAAACCGGGACAAUUGCGUGAGCGAACGAGUCGUUAAGAAACUGGUCAUCGCAACACCAUCGUCUCAGCUAGUCGAUGCUUAUCUUACCGAGAUUGCAAAGGCAUACGGUGUUUCAUGGCGCCCUCCUGGCCAGGAGGAUGACCACGAAGGUGGGGAUGAUGGGGGUGUUAAAGUUGGUGAUUCCUAUAUCGAGAAUGCAUUGUGCCCCCUAAUGAGUAUUGUUGCCCAGGUGGAGAAAGAUAUAAAAGAAGAGACUGAUACACCCGAAACGGAUACCGCGUCGCUGAAACUGCCAUCUGUAUCAAAUUCCCGACCCAAAUCGCAGCCCGCUCCAUCGCAAGAGGAGGAUGAAUAUGAUGCACUUGCUAAACGCUUUGCCGCCUUGAAAAAACGCUGA